AUGGAUGAGCCUGCUCCAUAUGGUGGGCUAAUGACCAAGACAUUAGACGAUGAGAAAGAAAGAGAGGCAAGAUUAAUAGAGCAAGCGAUUGAAGUUACGGUUAAUAACCAAACAGAAGUAUUAAGACCAGAAGCUUUGCAUUUACGUGGAGUCGAUAGUUUAUCGACUGAAGACAUUAAGGCAUUCAUCGAUUAUUAUACCAAUUAUGUUGUUGAGGAGAAAGAAGAGAUAUUGGAAGGCGAAGGUGAAGUAAUAAAGAAAUUUGUCUAUGAGCAGUUACCUCUAGACGAACAAAUUACUUUUAAAGUGCAAUGGAUCAACGAUUCUUCCGUCAAUAUUGCGUUUCAAUCUCACGAAGACAGCUAUAAAGCAUUGAAAAUGAUUUCAAUAACAUCCUCGAACCCUAAUACUGCUGCUCCAGAGCCAAAAUUCAAUGACCAAGCCUAUAUUGCCGAUAUUGUUCAAGAAAGAGAAACCAAGCCAUUUAAUCCAGUCAUAGAAUUUCGUAAACAGCAAAAUUUGCUCAACAGGCUUGGAGGAGAUAUUGAAACAAAUAGGGCCACAGAAAAAGGAGCAAAUGACGAAAGUGCUGGUAUGGACGAGGACGAAUCCAGUGUUGUUCUAUUUGUUAGACAGUCGUUCCAGUCAGAUCGUAAGGUAAAGAAUGCUAGCGCAUAUUCCCGCUACUAUCUUUUACAUGGAGAACCUGAGAGGAAACCUUACCGAAAGCAUAAAUACAGACAGAGAGACUCGAUCAAUUCUCGUGGAAGGGAAAGGGAUUCGGAAGACUUGUUUGCAGACAAACUAAAGAAACGUAAGAAUGGCAAGUAUGAAAAUCACGAAGAAGAAGAAGAUUUAUUUGCCGAUAAGUUACGUCAAAGAGACAGAUCUCCUUCCAGAGCUUGA